AUGCCUUUUGGGCGCCACUGUCCUCUGCCACAGGCAGCCAAGCGAGAAGAUCUUCAAGACUUGAUUUCAGAGGUGGAGCGCGAGGUUCUUAUGGAACAACUCAAGGAAGCAGAAAGUCUAUGCAGCCAGCAGCAACUGAAGGAUGCCGAAGCAGCAUUCGAGGAUGCCCGGCAGCAUUUGCUUCAUCUGACGCUGCUGAGCGAGACCGCCAGGGUAACACCCUUGAUCCACAACGCCGAGUACAGGCUGGCAGACAUCCUGGAGCAAGAUCGCGUCUGUGCAGAGGAGCGGGAGCGGAUCAAGGCGGGUCUGGCGGAUGCUGAUGCAGAGCUCGCCAAAGUGUCAGAGGAAGUGAAGGAGAAAGGCAAGGACCUUGCCUUGCUGCGGAGAGACUUGGACGCCAUCCGCGAGGCGUGCUACGUGGGAGACACGCGACUGGAAGCUGCAGUGCAGCAGAUGCAGAAGCAGGGUGUGGAUGUGGAUGUGAGGUAUUAUCCGUUCAUGAUCGACCCUUCCACCAAGAAUUCUGGUGAGGACAAGGCAGACUAUUGCAGGCGUCGAGGAUGGGGUGGCGGCUGGAAACCUCCAGAUCUGAGGCAGUGGAAAUGGUGGCCCAACACCGAGAACGCCCAUCGCCUGUGUACGUACCUCGACGAGAUCCACGCGAAGAUGCCGGAACUGAGCGAAAAAGACAAGGUCGAAAGAAGCCACGCUUUGAUGCGGAAGUUUUAUGAGCUCACCUACGAUCGGGACUGCAACAUUUCGGUGCCCGAAGGGGCUGCCCAGGCCAUUGAGGAGCUCGGAUAUGGCACUGCAAAGGAUGCAGUGGCAUGGUUGAAUGGUGGUGGUGGACUACCAGAACUGCGGGCGAGCCGG